UACCCACAUUCUGUGAUCGAUCUUUUAAUCUCUUCUCCCCCUUAAAAAACCCUUCAUGGCUAUUAAGAAACUUUACGGGACACUUGAUUCUCUCGACACAUUACGAGCCCUCGCUUCCAUCUUUGAACAUGAGCUUGAUUUGGAGUUCAUACCAAUUAACCUCGACACCGGAGAGCACAAAACUGAUUAUUUCCUCUCUUUAAGUCCCUUUGGUCAUGUUCCAGUCUACCAGGACGACGAAUUGACUCUAUUUGAAUCAAGGGCCGCGAUGAGGUUCAUAUCACAUUGUUACGCAAAACCUGAAAAAGAGCAGGUUUACGUUGUGCCAAAGCUACAGGGAAUAGCUUCUUCCUGGAUCGAUAUCGAGGACUACCAUUUAAGCGGCCCAUCUGCAAAACUCAGGGAGGAACUCGUGGAGAAGCCGAAAAAGGGGCGGCUGACCGACAAAGAAGUUGUGGCAGAGGAGGAGGCGAAGCUGGGCAAGCUUUUGGACGUGUAUGAAGAGCGGCUAACAAACUGCAAGUACUUGGGGGGUGAUAAGUUCACCUCUGCUGAUCUAACUCACCUCCCUCACCUGCACCACCUGAUGCGCACGCCGGUGAAGCGGCUGUUUGAAGAGCGGCCCAAGGUUAGUGCAUGGUGCAGGACCAUCCUGGCUCGCCCUGCUUGGACCAAGGUGGUGGACAUGGUUGAGAAAAAUAAGGUGUAGAUGGAAAUUAGUUGUUGGAUUAAUAAGGAAAAUAACUUGUGAUUAAGAAUUGUACCAUGUGAGGUGGAAGCCACGCGUGAGGAAGCAUGCUUAAUAAUAAUAA